AUGGCUCUCUCCACGGCCUCUUUCCCCUGCCAUUUGCUUAGGGCAGCGGCUUCGGAUACCCACAAGUCCGCCCUCUUCUCCUCUCACUCCCUCUUGCUCGGAGAAGGGGCUGAUGUCCUCCAGCCGCAGCAGCAGCAUCAGCAGUCCAAGCUCCUAAAGGUUAGUUUUUGGACUCCUCCUUCCUUCAAACUCUGCUGCCUGGCUCGGCCUCGUUCGGCUCCAUGUCUUCCGUGAUUCUGAGGUUCUAUGACCUCCCGUGGAGGAGAUGCCUCGUUCCAUGGAGUCCUACUGUGGACUAUCUGGUUGCUCCUGCCUCCAUGGAACUACAGGAAGACUUGUUCGGGACUCCAGAUUUUGGCGUUGAACCCUGCAUUCGGCUCAUUUCUCUCGAGAGGAAAACUUCCGAAUUGUUCAUUUAUUUCUCUUCUUUUCCUCAUCCUCCUGCCAGAUCUCCGCUGAAUUUCGAGUUCCUGGUUAUCCGUAGUGCCAUUCAAUUCACAGCGUUCCUCGUCUCUGGCUUGCAGGUUAGAAGAAGGCCAUGCAUCGUUGCAUCACUUUCAGACAGAGGGGAGUAUCAUUCGCAGAGGCCUCCUACCCCUCUGUUGGACACCAUUAACUAUCCUAUCCACAUGAAAAAUCUGUCAGUCAAGGUAAAUUCUUACAUGCCCUACUCGAUCUUUUCUGCAGGGAUUCGAGGAGAGGGAAGCUCAGACUUAUCUUAAUUUUUUUUCCAAUUUUUUUCGUUUGACCUCUUGAAGGAGCUGAAACAACUCGCCGAGGAGCUGCGCUCCGAUGUCAUCUUCAAUGUAUCAAAAACAGGUGGCCACCUCGGCUCAAGCCUUGGCGUCGUGGAGCUAACUGUGGCCCUUCAUUUCGUCUUCAACACUCCACAGGACAAGAUCCUGUGGGAUGUCGGGCACCAGGUCCUCUCUUCUCUCCCUCCACAAAGCCCUUCUAUUGCUAUUUUAUUUUAUUUAUUGUAUUAUUAUUAUUUUUGAUUAUUAUACUUAAUUAUGAUUAUAGUUUAUUAUUAUUUAUUUAUGAUGUAACGACAAUCAAUUAAAGAAAAAAUAGAAAUCACAGUGAAGUCAUUUUGAGGAGUGACACUGAGAGCCGGUUGGUCUUGCAGUCAUACCCACACAAAAUCCUGACUGGAAGGCGCGACAAGAUGCCCACCAUGAGACAGACGGAUGGGCUCUCUGGAUUCACUAAGCGUGCAGAGAGCGAGUACGACGCCUUUGGAACCGGGCACAGCUCCACAAGCAUCUCAGCAGCCUUGGGUACCUAAUCCUUCUCUAUCUCUCCCCAAGAAAAUUAAGCUCUUCCCCAUGAAGUGACGAGGGGGGAGCAGAGGGUAUGAAAUUCUGGUCUCACGAUUUAUCUCUUCUUCUGUGGGGAAAUGCAGGGAUGGCGGUGGGGAGGGACCUGAAGGGGAGGAAGAACAAUGUGAUCGCCGUCAUCGGCGAUGGGGCCAUGACUGCUGGGCAGGCCUACGAGGCAAUGAACAAUGCCGGCUACCUUGACUCGGACAUGAUCGUCAUUCUGAAUGACAACAAGCAGGUUUCCUUGCCCACUGCCACUCUUGAUGGCCCGGCACCUCCGGUUGGGGCUCUGAGCAGCGCCCUCAGCAGACUCCAGUCCAGUAGACCUCUUCGGGAGCUGAGAGAGGUCGCCAAAGUAAGCCACCACACCCAACCAAUGGCUCCACUUACUGUAUAUUAUUGAGGGUGAUGAAGAUCUCCCGUUAUCUGGCACAAAAAAUGAGAAAUUGUUAUUUCAUUUCAUUUUUUUAAUGAUCUUCUUCCUCCAACGCACCAGGGAGUAACGAAGCAGAUUGGCGGGUCAAUGCACGAGUUAGCUGCAAAGGUUGAUGAGUAUGCUCGUGGGAUGAUCAGUGGGUCUGGCUCAACCCUGUUCGAAGAGCUCGGCCUCUACUACAUCGGCCCCGUCGAUGGCCACAACAUGGACGACCUCAUCACCAUCCUCAAGGAGGUAAAGAGCACCAAGACCACGGGCCCCGUGCUCAUCCACGUCGUGACCGAGAAAGGCCGGGGCUAUCCCUACGCCGAGAAGGCCGCCGACAAGUACCACGGUAAGUUGAGAAGAACAUGUUUCUGGGACACUGAAGAGAUGGAAGCAAUGAUGAUGAAUGAUGAUAAUGAUGAUGAUGAUGAUGAUGAUUUCGUGGUGGGAUUCGUUUGCUCGCAGGAGUGGCAAAGUUUGAUCCAGCAACGGGGAAGCAAUUCAAGUCCAGCUCCCUCACGCAGUCCUACACCAACUACUUUGCGGAUGCACUGAUAGCCGAGGCGGAGGCAGAUACGGACAUAGUUGCCAUCCAUGCGGCCAUGGGAGGCGGAACAGGGAUGAACCUCUUCCAGCGGCGCUUCCCCGACAGGUGCUUCGAUGUGGGGAUAGCAGAGCAGCACGCCGUCACCUUUGCAGCAGGCCUGGCUUGCGAGGGCGUGAAACCCUUCUGCGCCAUAUACUCCUCUUUCCUUCAGCGGGCUUACGAUCAGGUAGGUGCCCAUAUCCAUCCCAUCCCUUCAAUUCUUCUCAAAGAAAACGAAAAAAAAAUGCUCUUCUUGGAAGAAAAGUCUGAAGACAUGGUCCCUUGGUUGUGUAUGUACCAGGUGAUCCACGACGUGGACCUGCAGAAGCUGCCGGUGAGGUUUGCGAUGGACCGGGCGGGGCUCGUCGGAGCCGACGGCCCGACCCAUUCGGGCUCCUUUGACGUCACCUACAUGGCGUGCCUGCCGAACAUGGUGGUGAUGGCCCCCUCCGACGAGGCCGAGCUGUUCCACAUGGUGGCCACCGCCGCCGCCAUCACUGACCGCCCCUCGUGCUUCCGCUACCCGAGGGGCAACGGCAUCGGCGUGCCGCUUCCACCCGGAAACAAGGGGAUCCCUUUAGAGGUCGGUGGUAGUACCUGCAAUUAAACCCUUCGGCAGCAGCUUUGCAUGUUGUAAGUUAACUCUGUCGGUCCUUUGGCAGAUUGGGAGGGGGAGAAUUCUCGUUGAGGGCGAGCGGGUGGCCUUGCUGGGCUACGGCACCGCCGUGCAGAGCUGCCUGGCGGCGGCGGCGCUGGUGGAGAAGACCGGGCUGAAGGUGACGGUGGCGGAUGCGCGCUUCUGCAAGCCUCUGGACCAAGCGCUCGUUCGCCGCCUGGCCAAAUCCCACGAGGUCAUCAUCACCGUGGAGGAGGGAUCAAUCGGCGGGUUCGGCUCCCACGUCGCCCAGUACAUGGCCCUCUCCGGCCUCCUCGACGGUGCCACCAAGGUAAUUAAUCCAUUCACGGCGAUCUCCGGCCGAUGUUGGCGGUGGCAGCAGCUGAUGAUGAGUCGAUCUCUCUCUUUCUCUUUCUGUGUGCAGUGGAGGCCAAUAGUUCUCCCCGACCGGUACAUCGAGCACGGCGCACCGGGGGAUCAGCUGGCGGAGGCCGGCCUGACACCGUCGCACAUCGCCGCCACCGUGUUCAACAUCCUCGGGCAAACCAGAGAGGCUCUGGAGAUGAUGUCCUAA